GAUUGUCGUCUGCUAGAACAUUGGAAUAGCUCAGUCAGUAGUGAGUUGGAUGGUCAUCUGCUAGGACAGUGGAAUAGCUCAGUCAGUAGUGAGUUGGAUUGUCGUCUGCUAGGACAGUGGAAUAGCUCAGUCAGUAGUGAGUUGGAUUGUCUGUUUGAUUGUCGUCUGCUAGAACAUUGGAAUAGCUCAGUCAGUAGUGAGUUGGAUUGUCAUCUGCUAGGACAGUGGAAUAGCUCAGUCAGUAGUGAGUUGGAUUGUCGUCUGCUAGGACUGUGGAAUAGCUCAGUCGGUUGUGAGUUGGAUUGUUUUCUGCUAGAACAUUGGAAUAGCUCAGUCAGUAGUGAGUUGGAUUGUCGUCUGCUAGGACAUUGGAAUAGCUCAGUCAGUAGUGAGUUGGAUUGUCGUCUGCUAGGACAUUGGAAUAGCUCAGUAGGUAGCGAGUUGGAAUUCAGUAGUGAGUUGGAUUGUCGUCUGCUAGGACAGUGGAAUAGCUCAGUCAGUAGUGAGUUGGAUUGUCAUCUGCUAGGACAGUGGAAUAGCUCAGUCAGUAGUGAGUUGGAUUGUCGUCUGCUAGGACAGUGGAAUAGCUCAUUCGGUUGUGAGUUGGAUUGUCGUCUGCUAGGACAGUAG